ACCCUUAAAUCGUAAAAUGGAUACUAUUAAAGAACGUAAUCGAAAUGGGACUGCAGUUGCCGCUGGCAAGAAUCCGUCUAAAGGUGUUGUAGGAACCGUACAACUCGGUCAAGUAUCUGAUAGUAGCAACGGUAAUACUAAUUCAAUAAACGAAAUACCGACUACUUGUACACAAUGCCAUACGCAAACAACACCUUUAUGGCGUCGUAAUCCUGAAGGUCAACCUUUAUGUAAUGCUUGUGGGUUGCUUCUUAAACUUCAUGGUGUCUCAAGACCCUUAACUCUUCAAACGGAUGUUAUUAAAAACGUCAGCGUUAUGAGAGUCCAACUAAAGGAAGAAUACAACUCGGCCCAGGCG